AUGCCGGGCAUCAAUUCAAACGCGUCGCGAUGCGAGAGCUGGGAGAUGGAGGAAUAUGACCACUAUCAGCAUUAUUUCUACGACGACCAUAACCCGGACGAGGAUUUCUUUAAGUCUACGGCACCGAGCGAGGACAUUUGGAAGAAAUUCGAGCUGGUGCCAACCCCGCCCAUGUCGCCUAUCAGGACACUAGAAAGUACCGGUGGAGUAAAGUAUCCAUCGCUAGGGGACAAACUAGAGUGGGUGUCCCAGUUUUUGGGCCAGGACGAGGAGCAGGAGGGACACUGUAAACUCAACGCGGAUGAGAAUUUUGGAAACCUAAGCUCCAUUAUCAUCCAGGACUGCAUGUGGAGCAGUUUCUCGGCCAGUCAGCAGCUGGAGAAAGUUGUCAGUGAGCGGCUAUCUUACACGGGCCAGUCGAAACUUCCCCUCGCACUACAAAGUGGCUCUACCCACUCCAGCAAAGCGCAGUGCGUCCCCGUGGACGCGCCUGUUCUCAACAGCUUGGCGACAGAUUGUGUGGACCCGGCGGCUGUCCUUACCUUCCCCCUCAGUAGCAGCUGCAAGAAGCAGGUGUCUUCGGGGUCAGAGUCUCGCACCGACUCAUCUGAUGAUGAGGAGAUUGACGUGGUGACGGUGGAACACAAGCAGAACAAGCCGAGACUGGUGAGCGCCCGCAAGCCUGUCACCAUCACGGUCCGCGCUGAUCCGUAUGAUCCCUGCAUGAAGCGUUUUCACAUCUCAAUCCACCAGCAACAGCAUAACUAUGCGGCCCCCUCCCCAGACAGCUACCUCGAGCCGGAGCCCCCACGCAAGAAGGUACGACAGGAGCCGCUGCAGCCACGACCUGGAUCCACUCCCCAGACCCCCGAGAGUAAACCCAACGUGGCUACCCCCAUGGCCCCCGCCGUUUCUCCAACCAUGGCCGCCCCCUCUCACCACUGUCCCAAAUCCCAGCCCGCCAGUCCGCAGAGCUCAGACUGUGAGGACACGGACAAACGCAAGACCCACAACUUCUUGGAGCGGAAGAGACGCAACGACCUACGCUCUCGCUUCUUGGCGUUGCGUGACGAAAUCCCGGGCCUCGUUGACUGUCCAAAGACACCCAAAGUUGUGAUUCUUACCAAGGCGACAGAGUAUCUGCGCCUGUUGCACGCCAGCGACAAGCAAAAGGCACAAGAGAAGAAGCAACUCAAGAGCCGACAGCAGCAGCUGCUGCGGAGAUUAGCGGACCUAAAGCGCACCUAAAGACAGGCAAA